GGUUGCGGAGCAUGGGAUUGUGGGAAGUGUGGUGGUGACAAACGAAUGUGUCCGUCUUUGAAACUCGGGUGUUUUUGGGAAUGAAUGAAUUACUAGGCACAGCCAGGUGGAGGCAACAGCCUUGAGCCGGACCGCCGACUCAUCGACCCCCGUCAGGUUGAACGGAGAGGAAACCGAACCGCCCCGGAUUACGCGGAAUACACAACCUCCCGGACUAUGAAAAUGGUGUUGUCUCAAAGGCAGAGGGAAGAGCUCAACAAGGCGAUUGCCGAUUACAUGGCAUCGAACGGUUUCAUGGAAUCUCUUGAAGCAUUCAAGAAGGAGACUGACAUGCCUGGUGACAUCGACAAGAAGUAUGCUGGCAUUCUUGAGAAGAAAUGGACAUCAGUAAUCAGGCUGCAAAAGAAGGUGAUGGACCUGGAGAGUCGGCUGGCGGAGGCCGAGAAGGAGUACAUUUCUGGUGCUCCCACCCGCGAGAAGCGGUCCCCCACAGAGUGGAUUCCCCGUCCCCCCGAGCGGCAUGCACUCACGGGCCACCGGUCACCAGUCACCCGAGUGGCGUUCCACCCAGUGUACAGUGUGGUCGUCUCUGCCUCCGAAGACGCCUCCAUCAAGGUUUGGGACUACGAGACGGGCGACUUCGAACGAACGCUAAAGGGUCACACGGACUCCGUGCAAGACAUAGGGUUCGACCACACCGGGAAGUUUCUAGUGUCCUGUUCUGCAGACAUGACCAUUAAAUUGUGGGAUUUCCAGACGUAUGAAUGUAUUCGCACCAUGAGUGGACACGACCACAACGUGUCGUCGGUGUCCUUCCUGCCGAGUGGUGACCACGUGGUGUCCUGCUCGAGAGACAAGACCAUCAAGAUGUGGGAGUUAUCCACCGGCUAUUGUGUGAAGACGUUCACGGGCCAUCGAGAAUGGGUCCGCAUGGUUCGUGUUAACUCCGAUGGCUCCCUUCUGGCCAGCUGCUCCAAUGACCAGACGGUUCGUGUGUGGGUGGUGGGCACGAAGGAGUGCAAACUGGAGCUUCGGGAGCACGACCACGUGGUGGAAUGCAUCGCGUGGGCGCCCGAGAGCGCCCACCCGCACCUGAGUGGCAACGGCAGUGGAGACAGUAACCGGCGGCCGGCUGGCAGUGGUACGGGCCGGGCCCAGGGCACGGGACCCUUCCUGGCCUCGGGCUCACGGGACAAGACCAUCAAGCUGUGGGACGUCAGCACGGGUCUGGCCGUCUUCACCCUGGUGGGCCACGACAACUGGGUGCGUGGUGUCAAGUUCCACCCUGGUGGCAAGUACCUGCUGAGCUGCUCGGAUGACAAGACGUUGCGCGUCUGGGAGCUGGCGCACCAGCGUUGCUGCAAGACCCUAGAGGCACACUCGCACUUCUGCACCUCGCUCGAUUUCCACCGCACGGCGCCGUACGUGGUGACCGGCAGCGUCGAACAGACGGUCAAGGUGUGGGAAUGCCGCUAAUGCCACACACCGCCGUGAGCGUUGCGUGGCACACUGCGUGCCGAGGAGCCUCGACUGACCGCAGCAGCAGUCCCUCCUGCAGACGAGCCUUGGCAGUGACUCAGCUCAUUCCUCCCGAGUCUCUUCCACUGCCCCACUGCACACCAACAUUUUUUUUCUUCUCCCCAUGCUGGCAACAACAGCCUUGCUGCCGCCGCCACCACCACCACAACCCCGCCCUCUUUUACCCUUCCUCCUCUGGCUUGUUGCACGCCAGCUGUUGACAACAACCACUCGAGGUUGCUGCUGCUGCUUCUGCUGCUGCUGUUGCAACACCGCAUUGUUUAUACAUGCCACUGCCCGACGCACUAAGUGGCUCGUGAGCGCAGGACUUUGCCUACGUUUCAAGUGGACGCCAUGUUUGGUGUUGAGGGCACUGCCUGUCCAGAAAAUUUUUUUUUUACUUCAUUGUCAGCCAGGGUGCACCUGUGCCAUCUUCUGUUUUGUUUUUUUUUAGUUUCAGGUACCUUGGGCGCUGUUUGCCGGAGGCACAGUCCCAUGUGUAUUACGGAUGUUACUGGAGUUUCUUUGGCAACUUGAAGGGUGGUUAGUGGGGAUGGGGUAAGAAGGUAGCAAUGCUACGGUGACACUGCAGUGCGCAGGGUUUCAAAAUGUUGCCAUGCUCUGCCAGCCUUUUCAGGACUUCCUGGAGAAACGAGUUUGUGGCGGUGAGAGAGAGACUGUUUGUUUAAUGUUCGGUUGUGCGAUUGCUUGCAGACUGUGAGCAGCGAGAUGAUGCUCGUGGCUGUUGGCUUUCUUCUGUUGCGCGUGCAUGCUCGAACUUCUAGAACACCUGAAGUUCUGUGCGUCUUGUAUGAAAAAUGACCUGCAGCUGCCAUGAAAGAGUGUGUUUCAGUGCGUAUAUCACAAAGCGCAUCUACGCCCCAGAAUCUUGCGAUGCCUGCAGCGAUGUGUGCAAUGUUGUGAGCCAGGAAACGGGUAUGUGGUGUUAGCUGGGGAGGCCUGUUGAAGAGCUCGGUCAGAAAAAAGAUGAACAGUCCCGGACGGAGAAGAGAGCAGUGAAUCGAGGCUGUUGCACUCGUUGCAAAUGAGAGAGAGAGAGAGUGAAUAAAAAACAGAAAAAAAAAAACAAGAGGUUGAGGGACAUGAUCCAGUGAAAAAGCUGCCUGUCCAAUCCAAUCUUAUAUGCAUAUUUUUUUUUUAACUUGUCUGGAAUUGGGGCACUACCGAUUUAUUGCCCAGUGUUAUUUUUGACAUCCAAUUUCAUUUCUAUGUUUUUUGCUAGGUGAACUUCUUGCGGAACGGGUUUUCUUCUGCUGCAUGCAGAGGGUAGGCACUGUUUCUGGUUUCUGUCGUUUUUGUCUCUAUACUGUGCCGUUUUUGGUAAUGCCUCUAGGUUCUGUAAUAAUCGUGAUUGAACCCACAGUUCAAUGCGCUGCUGUCUGUCCAGCUCAAAUGCGUGCCUCACUCUUUUCGAUAAAAUGAGGGGGCCCUCCUUUUCGGCCGUCUUUUAACCCGAAGCUCGUGAGGAAUUGUAAAUAUUAAUCCCUGUUCCUUUUGUGUUCUUGUAGCCCCGGCAGAGAGGAUAAAAUAAAACAUAAGCGCAUUUGUUUAUUUAUGUGCAUGCUUCUUGUGUCUUGCUUUCAUCCUCCCUGCUGGUUGUCCUUGGGAGAGUUGUUUGUGCAAGCACUUCUGCGAAUACACAUUUUUAAAUAUUUUACUUGGCUGCAGGGACUUUAGAAAGGUAGCAGGUCUAGCUGGUGACUACCGCAGCAUGAAGUUGAGAUAAAGUCGGUCGGUUUUUUCUUUUAAGUCUUUUAUCUUUCUCCUGGUGCCAUCUUCACAGUGUGUUCGAUCGUAACAGAAGUGUGAGGGAUGCUUACCAUUAUGUUUUCCUCCGAUACUGUGUUGUAGUAUAGUGAAUUUAUAAAAGCAGUGAUCUGCUUGCAAUUGCCCUUUGUUGCUGUUUUCUGUUCUUGAGAUGUGCUGACUUUUGUUCUGAUACAUGCAAUGUUAAAAAAGAAAAAGCUUCAUAAGCUACUUUUGGCAGCCACUGGUCAUCUCAUGUGCCUGCUUGGGCAGGAAAAAGGGGGGAAUUUUCGGUAGGCAGCAGCAUUGUGAAAACGUGGGUUUCGGUUUACUGACGCUGGUUAGACAGCACAAGUGAAUCCUUGCUUGGAGAUGCUCUUUAGAGGCGAACUCUGCAUGCACUGUUACGCACGCGGCUUCAACAUUCACUGCUCAUUCUGCUGGGCAGAUCUGUGUAUUAUUCUGGCAUUGUUUUAUUAAAAGUGUGGGCAACAUUAACUGGCGGUUGCGUCUAGGGCUUUUGUGGCGUAGUGACCGCUCCUGUGAGCUGAGAAGUCUCCCACAUAGUGGCAGGACUGGCUAAUAUUGCUUCUAGUGGGUACAGAACAGUGCUUAAAUUUUAAAACAAGAUGAUGUCCUAAGCACUUUAACACUCAGGCAGUUGUGCGGUGGACGCUGCUGCUCAUAGGGAAGUGUGACGCUUAAGAAAAUUUUCCGAGCUGUAGGGAGCGCAAACGUCAUUGCGAACUGGUUCCCCAAUGACACUUUGGCGAGAAAUUGCCGCAACAUGGAUAAGCUUAUCGUAAACUCGCGUUUGCACUGGACGCUGCUGUUGAGUGACGCGCAAAUUUGCCUAGUGGCACAGUCUUUUUGGGACCCUAUAUAUUUAGAGCCAGUCAUCUUCAGACACGAGGGCUUUUGAAUUUUUGUUGAGACCACAUUGCUGCACAUGGAAGACUGGUUAAAUUGGCCGCAGCAUGGGCGAAUGUUCAAUCCUUCACAUUAGUGACCUAGUAGGAGUGUGCGUGUGUGUGCGUGCUGCCGAGUCCUAUGUGUAUACAAUGUACGCCUACAGAUAUAUAUUUAUAGGGAUGCUCGUGAGCGAAGGCAGGUGGGUUUUGUAUAACUGUUUGUAAAGCCUCAACAGUUUGUUUGCCAAAGCAUUUGGGGGGGGGGGGGGGGGGGGGAUGCUGUUGCCCUCUGAAGUCUGGUCAUGUUACAAUUUACAACAUUACGGCCCCUGCCUUGUUCGAACAUCCUUAGCUUUGCCAUCAAUCAAGUGCACCAAGAUGUGCUAAGCUGAAUAUGUUACGCUGCAGCUCCUGUCAAAAUUUCUCUUGGAAUUCUUCUAAUUGGUGUAGCUGCACUGUUCAUUCGAACAGACUGGCAAGUGCUGAUGCCAGCUAUGCUUGGCAUCCGAAAAUGAAAACCCUCAUUCUUUUUCAGGCAAUUACAGACGGUUAUACAAUGCCCAGUAUACAUAGAAAGUGCUGCUUGCUAUUGUUGGCUUGUUUGGGAGCCACUGGACACCUUUAUAUAUAUAUUUUUAAUAUCCUUUCUCAUGGUGCCUUUAUUUUGCCAAUCAGGUUUUUUUUUUUUAUUGCUUGACUCUUUCUUGUACAGUACUUAUUAUAUGUGUACAUGUGGCAAUGUUAGCAAUUGUUUUUUUUUUCCCUCCUCCUGGUUUCCUCAUGUUGCCACCUCUGUUGUGUGAGAUUUGUGAUGCCCUCUUCAUAUUAUGUGCAAUUCGCCUCUUCUUUUCUUCAACAAAGUGUGGCGGCAGGUGUCGUUCAUUAGUUUCUCUUGCACUGCCUGCCUUCCCCGUCUCCUACCAUUGAAUGCCGCUGCUGUACCGCUGGAUGUAGGAAAGCCGAAUAAAAAAAAUGUAUUAAGAUGCA